AUGGUAUGUGGGUUAAGACUAGUGCCCGAGAUUCAAAUCAUAAAUGCAGCGAAAGGAUCAUUGCCGCUCAACCGCUGCCACAAGACUACAAUUUCAUGCUCCAAUGCUCAGACAGAAACUCUAACAAUUGUACAGAGCCUAAUAGUAGAUCAACUGUCAAUUGAUGCAAGCACCGUCACUCCCCAAACCAAAAUUUCAGAUUUGGGUGCCGACUCUCUUGACACUGUUGAAAUAAUGAUGGCUCUGGAACAGAAAUUUGACCUGUCAAUUGAAGAAGGGGGAUGCUGCUAG